AUGGAGGCUCCUGAGGGUCAGGGGAGACUGCAGAGAGGACUACCCUCACCUGGACGCCCCUACGCCAGUUACCAACGAUCUAGCACCACCCUCAGGUCUCCACGCCAAGCCUCCGGCUCCAUCUCUCCCGCCUUACUCCGCCCAUCCAUCCGAAUCAGAACCUCCACUCUGUCACCAAGGAGACUGUCGCCAAGGACGGACAUCACGGAAAUGCGACGUGGCAUAUACACGGUUAGAGAGCCAGGGUCAGGGAUUGGCCGAUUGUCCCCGAGAAGAAGGACUCGGACAUGCCUCUUCUCCCACAGCAGCUUAGAGCUGGAAGAGGAAGAGGAGGAGGAAGAAGAGGGAGAAGAAGAGGAGGAGGAAGAGGAGGAGGGAGAAGGGGGUAGUGGUGUGAUGGGGGUGGUGACUCAGACCCUGACUCCGGCUGUGCCCUUGUCCCCUGCUCCAGCAGCGAUGGAUAGGAGGAUGACUAAAAGAGAGAGGAAAAGGAUGAAGAGUCUGAGGAGGAGGCAGAGGAGGAGAGAGAGAUGGAGACAGAGCCAGCUGCAGGAGACUAGACAGGUGAGAGUGACGGCAUUUGAUUUGCUGUCUACUUUCAGGGUGAAGAACCAUCUAACAUUAAAUGAUAAAAUACUGAACUUCCCCUUGAAUACAAGAUUAUUGCUGCUCAGCAGUAUACUCCCACUGGGCACAAACUGGUUAAAUCAAUGUUGUUUCAACGUAAUUUGUCAACGUAUUGUGAUGUGGAAUCUAGGUGGAAAAUAUAUUGGAUUUGAAAAAAGUAAUCAACGUAAAAUGUUGUUUUGAGUGUAGAAUUUCAACCACAGGAUUAUGUCAUCAUAGUAACACAUUUUCAACAUAGACAAACCUUGUAUAAAAUAUGUUGAGUCUGUACCUUUGAAACAAUGUCAGAUCUUCAACGUAAUAUCCACUAUAAGAAAAAUAACGAUAGUCUGAGCAGCACCUCCUACUGGAGAGUUGAUCUAUCUACAGCGUUCCCUUUGUUUCUCAUCCAGGGUAUUAACCAAGCCCAGCCCUGCUGAGUUUUGAUAUUUGUCACUGACUAUAACCAAUGUGCUAUCAUAAGAGUGAUUGUUGAGAAAUGUCCACUAAAUAGAUUCACUGUUGCUAUCGAAGUCAUUCGAAAGGGUAGGUUCAACAGAGCAAACAAAACCAUACUUUAUCAAUCAUACAUCAUCAAUGAGCCUACAGUGGCUUGCGAAAGUAUUCACCCCCCUUGGCAUUUUUCCUAUUUUGUUGCCUUACAACCUGGAAUUUAAAUGGAUUUUGGGGGUUUGUAUCAUUUGAUUUACACAACAUGCCUAAAACUUUUAAGAUGCAAAAUAUUUUUUGUGUGUGAAACAAACAAGAAAUAAGACAAAAAACCAGAAAACUUGAGCGUGCAUAACUAUUCAAGGGGCACCACCCCCCGAAGUCAAUACUUUGUAGAGCCACCUUUUGCAGUAAUUACAGCUGCAAGUCUCUUGGGGUAUGUCUCUAUAAGCUUGGCACAUCUAGCCACUGCGAUUUUUGCCCAUUCUUCAAGGCAAAACUGCUCCAGCUCCUUCAAGUUGGAUGGGUUCCGCUGGUGUACAGUAAUCUUUAAGUCAUACCACAGAUUCUCAAUUGGAUUGAGGUCUGGGCUUUGUCUAGGCCAUUCCAAGACAUUUACAUGUUUCCCCUUAAACCACUCAAGUGUUGCUUUAGCAGUAUGCUUAGGGUCAUUGUCCUGCUAGAAGGUGAACCUCCGUCCCAGUCUCAAAUCUCUGGAAGACUGAAACAGGUUUCCCUCAAGAAUGUCCGUAAUCCUUGAUGGCCAAAAAGCUCAAUUUUAGUCUCAUCUGACCAGAGUACCUUCUUCCAUAUGUUUGGGGAGUCUCCCACGUGGCUUUUGGCGAACACCAAACGUGUUUGCUUAUUUUUUUCUUUAAGCAAUGGCUUUUUUCUGGCCACUCUUCCAUAAAGCCCAGCUCAGUGGAGUGUAUGGCUAAAGUGGUCCUAUGGACAGAUACUCCAAUCUCCACUGUGGAGCUUUGCAGCUUAUCUUUGGUCUCUUUGUUGCCUCUCUGAUUAAUGCCCUCCUUGCCUGGUCCAUGAGUUUUGGUGGGCGGCCCUCUCUUGGCAGGUUUGUUGUGGUGCCAUAUUCUUUAAAUUUUUUUAUAAUGGAUUUAAUGGCGCUCCAUGCAUGGGAUGUUCAAAGUUUCAGAUAUGUUUUGAUAACCCAACCCUGAUCUGUACUUCUCCACAACUUUGUCCCUGACCUGUUUGGAGAGCUCCUUGGUAUUCAUGGUGCCGCUUGCUUGGUGGUGCCCCUUGCUUAGUGGUGUUGCAGACUCUGGGGCCUUUCAGAACAGGUGUGUAUAUACUGAGAUCAUGUGACAGAUCAUGUGACACUUAGAUUGCACACAGGUGGAUUUUAUUUAACUAAUUAUGUGACUUCUGAAGGUAAUUGGUUGCACCAGAUCUUAUUUAGGGGCUUCAUAGCAACGGGUGUGAAUACAUAUGCACAUACCACUUUUCCGUUAUUUAUUUUUUAGAAUUUUUUGAAACAAGUUAUUUUUUUCAUUUCACUUCACCAAUUUGGACUAUUUUGUGUAUGUCCAUUUCAUGAAAUCCAAAUAAAAAUCAAUUUAAAUGACAGGUUGUAAUGCAAUAAAGUAGGAAAAACGCCAAGGGGGAUGAAUAGUUUUGAGAAGUAAUUCAGCCCAGAAUUCAACUAAAAAUAGACAAUACAUAUAGGCCUAGGGUUUCAAGUUUUGGUUGAGUUCCAAUGUAAUCUACAAGUUAAUAAUAAAUAUGUUGGAUUCACGUCUCCAUCUCAACCAAAAAUCUAAGUUAAACAAUAGGAUAAAUUAAACUGUAUUUAAAGUGCAUUUAAAGUUUGAUUUGACGUGAUUUAGUGCUAUUCUUUAACUUAGAUUUGUGAUUGAAACGUAGACGUGAAUCCAACAUAUCAUUUAUAAAUUUUUAGACAAACUGGAAUUAAAGCCAGAGUCAGUGGCACAGAUGUCCAAGCAGAAGAAACAUCUCCUUCAAAUGUUGAUGUUUGGUUGCGUUGACAACCAAACGCAAUUCAAUAUCACUUUUGCAAUACGGUAAAUAGUCUAUUAAUUUGCGACAAGUUAACAAAUUAUAUGUUGGAUUCACAUCUCCAUCUCAACCAAAAAUAAAGGUUAAAGAAAUUAAAGAAUAUGAUUAAGCCAGUGGCUCAGAUCGAACAAUCCAAGCAGUAGAUACAUCUCCAUUAAAUGUUGAUAUUAGGUUGUGUUGUCAACCAAAUACAAUUCAAUAUUACUUUUGUAAGACAGUAAAUUGCUUAAUGUUAAGGCUAUCUUGCAAACUAAUGUAACAGUAUUAAUUCAACCUUAAAACGAGUAACACAUCCAUGGCUACAUUUUGAGGUUACUGUAACAAUAAAUAUUCUUAUGUAAUCAUAGAAAGUGUGCAUGUUCAGGGUAGCAGGUCUGUGGAAAUCCUCACAAUUGCUAUAAUAAUCUGCACAGAAUCUCAAACGGCAUUGAUCACUUGCACCAUGUACUUUAAUCCAAUCCAGGUCAUUUUGUUGUGCUAUUAGAUGACGCACAGCGAUAAGACAUUAAGUUGUUGUAUAAAUAAACUAAAUAUCUAACGUUGUAUUCCCAUUUGAACUUUGCUGUAAUUUUAAAUGGUUGAAAGCACAGUGAUAACACAUUUACUGUAGGUGACAACUAAACCAACAAUCAGACACUGAUUUUCCAUUGGAAUUUGGUUGAGUUUUUAGAUGGUUGAAAGCAUAGUGACAAUACAUUGGGAAUUAGUUGGAAUAUCAGUGAUCAACGUAUGUACCAAAUGUUUCCCAGUUCUCCAUGUUGAAAUGACAUGGUAUGCCCAAUCGGCUGUGUGUAUCUUUUCCUUUCAUUUACCUGAAGGAAAGGGCUACGAACCCAUGAACAAUUCAGGACAUUGGGUUGUUGUAUAAAAACCUUAAGCUCUACAACAACAGUGUGUCAUUAACACAAAUACCAAGCAGUGCGCUGUGUGUGACGACAUGCAUGUUUCUGCACACUGUAGCAUUUGCAUACUGGCGUAUAUCAUAUGUAAAUAGUUCAGCUCUGUAGCAGAGAGCCAAUGUGUCUCAAUAGACGAGGUUCCAGUUUGUUUCUUUAGCCAACAUGUCCCUGUGCCAAACAAGACAUGGCAAGGACGGAGCUUUGUUGUAUGCAGGCAAAAGCGGGUGGUGUAGGCACAUGAAGUUUAUUUUACCCAAAGUGAAUGAGGCAUUUAUUGACAAAAACGAGGCAGCCAUGUACUAUACUGUGGAACAAAAGUGAAUUGUUCCCUCACCUCUCUCUCUCUCUCUGCAUUACAUGUUCAGUAACUGUGUGGGCUUAUUUACUGACUCUCAACAGGCCCAUCAAUGUCAUGGGAUGUGUGUGCCUGCCUGCCUGCAUGUGUCUGCAUCACAGGAGGUUGGUGGCACCUUCAUUGGGGGGGACGGGCUCGUGGUAGUGGCUGGAGCGGAAUGGCAUCUAAUACAUGGGUUCCAUUUGUUUGAUGCCAUUCCAUUCGCUCCGUUCCAGACAUUAUUAUGAGCCGUCCUCCCCUCAGGAGCCUCCACUGUGCAUGUGCGUGUGCAUGUGGCCUGUGUGUGUGUGCGCGUGUAUGUGAGUGUGGGUGUCCCGCUGACUCUAAACAAGCCCCAUCAGCGGCCAGCUUGACUCAAUAGCCAUUGUCUGUGCAGUUAAAGUGGGGUUAUAUCUGAAUUGGCUGCAUGAUGAUGCUUGGGCAGAGAGCCCUUCAAAACCACCCAAACAAAAGAACAGAUUCCAGUUGGAUUGGCCGGUGCAGAUCCAUAGUCACGUUGCUGGACUGGAAUGAUUGUGACUGGCUGUUGUGUUGUUUCUGACAUCAUUCUCUGUGGGCAUGAUGGCAAAUAGUAUAUGUAGAAGCUGCCAUACACAUUACACAUACAAUGUUCUCCUAGCUGAGAUUGGUUUUGUGCAUUGUUAUGAAUAACUUGCUAUGGAUGGAGUUAUGGAGUUGGCUAGAUUACUACUUGAAGAUGCCAGUUUGAAUGCUGUGAGUGGAAAUUACACUUUUGCACUGAGGAGUUGGAUAAUACUCCAAGGCAAAAUAUAGUACUAGGGUAAAUCAAAAUCCUGUAUACACCGUGGGUUCACAGGGUCAGGAUUUAUGAACACUGAAUUAAAAACACACCGUAGUUGUGGCCACUAUCGUUAUACACUAUAUAUACAAAAGUAUGUGGACACCCCUUCAAAUUAGUGGAUUUGGCUAUUUCAGCCACACCCGUUGCUGACAGGUGUAUAAAAUUGAGCACACAGCCAUGCAAUCUCCAUAGACAAACAUUGGCAGUAGAAUGGCCUUACUGAAGAGCUCAUUGACUUUCAACGUGGCACCGUCCUAGGAUGCCACCUGUCAGUCUGUCAAAUGUCUGCCCUGCUAGAGCUGCCCCAGUCAACUGUCAGUGCUGUUAUUGUGAAGUGGAAACAGCUAGGAGCAACAACGGCUCAGCCACAAAGUGGUAGGCCACACGAGCUCACAGAACGGGACCGCCGAGUGCUGAAGCGCGUAGCGCGUAAAAAUAGUCUGUCCUUGGUUGCAACACUCACUACCGAGUUCCAAACUGCCUCUGGAAACAACGUCAGCACAAGAACUGUUCGUCGGGAGCUUCAUGAAUGGGUUUCCAUGGCUGAGCAGCUGCACACAAGCCUAAUAUCACCAUGUGCAAUGCCAAGCAUCGGCUGGAGUGGUGUAAAGCUCGCCGCCAUUGGACUCUGGAGCAAUGGAAACGCGUUCUCUGAAGUGAUGAAUCACGCUUCACCAUCUGGCAGUCCGACGCACAAAUCUGAGUUUGGCUGACGCCAGGAGAACGCAACCUGCCACAAUGCAUUGUGCCAAGUGUAAAGUUUGGUGGAGGAGGAAUAAUGGUCUGGGGCUGUUGUUCAUGGUCUGGGCUAGGCCCUUUAGUUCCAGUGAAGGGAAAUCUUAACGCUAUAGCAUACAAUGACAUUCUAGACGAUUCUGUGCUUCCAACUUUGUGGCAACAGUUUGGGGAAGGCACUUUCCUGUUUCAGCAUGACAAUGCCCCCGUGCACAAAGCGAGGUCCAUACAUAAAUGAUUUGCCAAGAUCGGUGUGGAAAAACAUGUUGACCUGCACAGAGCCCUGACCUCAACCCCAUCAAACACUUUUGGGAUGAAUUGGAACGCCGACAGCGAGCCAGGCCUAAUGGCCCAACAUCAGUGCCCGACCUCACUAAUGCUCUUGUGGCUGAAUGGGAGCAGGUCCCCGCAGCAAUGUUCAAACAACUCCAGGGGCUCCAGGCUCCAGGCUCUUGUAGGCUACAUGCAUAUACCUAACCCCAGGAUAGAAGGGGAGGGAUGGGAGCCCUGAGGGGGAGUAGGAUGAAGAUACCCCCAGGCGGUGAUCCAGAGUCCGUAUUUUGUCCCUGAUAUGAGGGGGGAGUGAGUCGACUGUGGAUCUCUCUCGCUCUCUCUCUCACUCUCUCUCUCUCUCUCUCUCUCUCUGUCUGUCUUUCAAAAAGCAAGCGACUUCCUGGUAACAAUAAGGUAGAAUAGAUACAUUUAAAAACAAAUACAAUGUGCUUGAGGUGUGUAUUAAUCCGUUUUUAUCAGUGUCUUGUGAUGGUCCCCUAGAGCAUUUUUGGGGGGAGGAACUCAGUCCUGCUUUCAACUUUCUCUUGAAAGUUGUGAUAGUAGAAUACACAAGGUGCAAUCUUUAGUUUUCCUCUUGUUAAAUCAGUCAUUGGAUACCAUAGAGAGCUAUUUAUAACUUGUCAGAAAUGUCCAGAUCAACUCAACUAGCCCAUUUUAGCUAGGUUUUUUUAUCCCAUAGAUUUUGUUGUAAUGUUUGAGUCAUUCAAAUAUCACAUGAAUUAACAUUAGACACGGCAAAAUGUAUAGAAGUGUAAGACAAUUAGCUUUAAAACAGCAACGUUUUCUCUGCACUCCAUAACAAAAUGUGUAGAAUUUAAGGAAAUCAUAUUUUAACCUGCAACAUUUUCUCUCCGCCAACAAGAGGGAUGUGGGGGGGGGGGGGGGGGGGGGUCAGGGCGAGGGAUGUUCCCCAAUGCUGGAAGGGGGGCCUGAGUGAAAAAGUUUGGGAACCCCUGCCCUAGAGUGUCUGAAGAACUGAGCUGACUGCUUCCUAUUUUCUACCAAAUUUCUCACAUCUUAGCUUUCCCUCCAACAAAAUAGUUGUUUCUACUGCCCCAGUUCAAACCUAAAUUAGGUGCCAGGCUUAUAAAUGGCUUAGUGGGAUGUCAGACUUUUCCUAGAUUUAGAGUACCUGCUAAUGCAAACCCAUCUCCAAGUUAAUAAUUUAACACGCUUAUUGGACUCAGACUGUCUUCGCUUUUAAUGACUGGAGCAAAGCAGCUCUCUAUAAAAGCUUUGAUUCAUCACUAUGCUACUGUAUACACUUGUAUUCUUGACUAACUGACAUUUGUCAGAAUAAUAUAUUGGAAGAUUAUAUAGGCCUAGCAUCAUUACAAACAGUGGCUUACUUCACCGGUUACCUAAUUUCACCAUUUUAUUUCAUAUCUACCAAACUCUCAACUCAUCUCCCUUCAUCAGGCCUGCACUGGUACACCUGCCCACACCUCAAAUAUAGAUUCAUGGAAUAGAAUAUCAGGGGGAAAAGAACACAUUCUCACAAAUGGCUACUGCCAGCUGACACAGUCACUUGAAAUCAUGCGCAGUCUGUUUGACGAGCGGCUGUCAAAGCCUCAUUUGAGAUUCAUAAAGAGUUCAAAGGUUAUAUGGGUUAUAUUUACAUGGCUGGGUGUCUCUCUCUGCCUUCAGGAGUACAACUCAUCAGCAUGUAUUUUAAUAUUAUGGUCAUGAGACCUUACAACCUUGAAUAGGUUGUGUCGUUCUGCCAUUUUCUGUCCUAGACUUCCACAGGAAACCCAACUGAUCUGUCAGUUUUUUUCCUGUUAUAUUGAAAAAGCUAUGCAACCCUGUUGUCAUGUUCUGUGUCUCUGCAGAGUUCGACAGGGAACCCAUCGAGCAGCAGUGAGGAGGAGGAUGUGAGUGCUGGGGACAGAGAGGGCUUCAUCUGCGCUGUCUGUCUGGACGUUUACUUCAGCCCCUACAUGUGCCACCCCUGUAACCACAUCUUCUGUGAGCCCUGCCUCCGUACCCUGGCCAAGAACAGCCCAACCAACACCCCCUGCCCACUCUGCAGGACCACCAUCACUCACGUCUUCUUCCAGAAGGGUGAGCACAGUAUCCAAACCCUUUUCUCCUUGUCUCUCUCAUGACCACUGCUCUAUAAAAGACUGCAGUUGGAAGAGCCAUGGUGGAACCAUCUAUAAUGGGUACCAGUCUGUUUAGCCAAAGAAGCAUAUGACAUGGAGUACAAGGAGUGGAAUAGCUAAACAGACUGGUACCAAGGCUAGGAACCAUCCAGUACUUCCACCGAUCAGUGGUCACAAAGGGACAAAAGUAAGGAAAGGAAAUUGUUGUAGAGAAUUGGAACAUACUACUUUACUUGAAGACACGCCACAGUUAUCAUCGUCCACAAAAGGAACAGCUGUACUGCAUUUAUGACGAUUCAUGCUGUUUAGAUCAUUAACAGAUCAAGACAAACAUACUUAUCUGGACAUGGUGCAUUACUGAGGCGCAACUAUCUGUGUGUUUGAUCCUGCAGUUCCUCUAGGGAAUGUUACACACCUUGGGUUCAGCACUGGCCAGGAAAUACAACAGAAUCAACCUUCUAUUUCAACACAUGAAUACGAUGGAGGGCUGUAGACUGAAGAAGGACAGGUUUCAAACCUGCCACAGCAAAGCUUAUGUAGCCUAGCUACGUUCACAUGGGUAACACGUAGAAACUAUAAACUUGUUGCACACUAAUUGCAGAUACAUAGUGUAAGGUGAUUGAUUGCAGGUGAUUUGUGUGCUAAGUGUAACGUGAGAACCUCAUACCCAUUAAGGGUACUUAAUAUUUGGACAGUGUGGUUUUAAAUGGGAUUAUACUGCUGAUUAUCCAAGCCAAGGUCACACUAGCAACAACAGUAGUUGUCUGAGAGGAGAGACAGCGACAGACAGUGCCUUGAACCACUUCAAAUCCUACACUUAUUUUAUCUUCAAAAAUGCUGAUUCCUGUAUGUAUCACACAUGAAUACAAAAGUGCAAACAUUUAACUAUUAGAAAAUAUAGAAAAUCUACCAGAAUCUACCCAAAUAGUUAGAGAUAAACAGUGAUGGCGUUUGAUACUAAGAGAAUGAGAUAGUAAACCAAAGAAGAGCCUUUUAUUGUUUUUUGUCUGUGUUGCAGAGUUGAACCACACAGCACGGACGUUCUUCCCAAAGGAAUACCUCUCCCGGAAACAGACUUUCCAGAAGGCAAGUUGUGCAAAAUGGCCGCUCCCAAGCUGCAGGAAACUUUUCCGUAUUUUUGGAGGUGAGUGUUAUUGACUCUACUGUUUAGACUUGAUUAAGCAAGCUUAUUGGUUCUACUUUUUAGAAAUAAGAUGACCAAAUGGUAAUGUAUUUAUUUGUUUAUUAUCAUUAUGUUAUGAUUACAGAAUUAUUAUUUAUUACUUACUGUACACUUUCUAUUCCAAGAUUAAUGUAGAUGCAGAAGAAAAGUUGGAAUAACCAGAUUUUUCCGUCAUUCCAACCCCUCUCCAGGUUUCCAUAGGCAAGCUAGUCCGAUAGCCAGGCGUCAGUUUCCCCACGGGGGGUACCGUCUAGACGCCAUGGACUUUGAGGACAAUUCUCGCGGCUGGCACUUCGACAUGGACAUGGUCAUUAUCUAUAUCUACUCUGUCAACUGGAUCAUCGGCUUCAUCAUCUUCUGCUUUCUCUGCUACUUCUUCUUCCCUUCCUUCUAAAGACAGAUGUAUAGAUGGGUAGAUGGAUGGAUGGAAGGAUGGAU